CAUCUAGCUCCGGAGUGUGAGAAUCCGAGAGAAAAGUCAGAAACCCGAAACUUGCCGGAGCAAACUGUCUGUAAUACUUUCGGAGAAGAAGGGAUGUCGAGGGGAUCUCGGUUCCUUAGGGCUCCUGGCCUCCUACUACGUCACGCUUAUCUUCGCCCUCAUCCCAGAACACCGUCUUUUUCCUACCGUCUUCGCUCUGAUUAUCUUCUUCAUCAUCAUGGCUUCUCCAGUUUCAUCAGACGUAAUUCAGUUCGGACAUCCCCGGCUAUUAACGCCUUCCUCUCCGAUCCCACAUCAUCACCAUCCCCAAUUCGUUUCGUUCAACGGAGUUCCAUGGUUAACGGGGGUGUUCAGUUCUCGACGUCCACUCCAAAUCCCAAUCAAGACGCCACCAAGUCUAAGCAAAUCAAGAAGACUUCUUCGGACUCAGAGUCGGCUAUGGCUGACAUGAAGAUCCUCCGCACGCUUGCCGGAUAUUUGUGGAUGAGAGACAACCCAGAAUUCCGCUUCAGGGUCAUCACUGCCUUGGGCUUUCUCGUAGGGGCUAAGGUCUUGAAUGUCCAGGUCCCUUUCCUCUUCAAAUUGGCUGUUGAUUGGCUGGCUUCAGCCACCGGCACUGGCGCCUCUCUUACCACCUUCGCCGCUGCAAACCCUUCUCUUGUUGCUGCUUUCGCUACUCCUUCUGCCGUCCUCAUUGGAUAUGGCAUUGCUCGGACGGGUUCUUCUGCUUUUAACGAACUUCGUACUGCUGUAUUCUCCAAGGUUGCUCUCCGCACAAUACGAUCUGUUUCUAGAAAGGUGUUCUCACAUUUACAUGAUCUUGACCUUCGUUAUCACCUAAGUCGAGAAACAGGUGGUUUGAACAGAAUUAUUGAUCGUGGUAGCCGUGCAAUAAAUUUUAUCCUCUCGGCUAUGGUUUUCAAUGUUUUUCCUACCAUUUUGGAGAUAUCUAUGGUAUCAGGUAUACUAGCAUACAAGUUCGGAGCUCCUUUUGCCUGGAUUACUACUCUUUCAGUUGGAGCGUAUAUCGCUUUUACGUUAGCUGUGACACAGUGGCGAACAAAGUUUAGAAAGGCCAUGAACAAAGCUGAUAAUGAUGCUAGCACAAGGGCCAUUGAUUCUCUGAUAAAUUAUGAGACCGUUAAAUAUUUUAACAAUGAAGGUUAUGAGGCUGAAAAGUAUGACCAGUUCCUGAAAACUCUGUCAACAGCAAUGGUGUUGUGCUCUCAGGGUAUCUUGAAUGGCCAGAUGACAGUCGGUGACUUGGUUAUGGUGAAUGGACUUCUCUUUCAGUUAUCUCUUCCUCUGAACUUUUUGGGUAGUGUUUACCGUGAAACCAUUCAGAGCCUUGUGGACAUGAAAUCAAUGUUCCAGUUGUUAGAGGAGAAAUCUGAUAUCACAGAUAUAAUUGACGCAAAGCCUCUUGUUCUGAAAGGCGGAAACAUUCAGUUUGAAAAUGUACACUUCAGUUACGCUCCUGAGAGAAAAAUUUUGGAUGGAAUUUCCUUUACGGUACCGGCAGGAAAGAGUGUGGCAAUUGUUGGUACUAGCGGGAGUGGCAAGUCAACAAUUCUUAGAAUGCUAUUCAGAUUCUUUGACACAGAUUCCGGAAAUGUAAAGAUUGACGGGCAAGAUAUAAAGGAAGUGAGACUAGAUAGCCUCCGAAGCUCCAUAGGAGUUGUGCCGCAAGAUACUGUGUAUGAUGCUGCUCGGCAUGCUGCAAUUCAUGAAACGAUCAGUAAUUUCCCUGAUAAAUAUUCAACGAUUGUUGGGGAAAGGGGGCUAAAGUUGAGUGGUGGAGAGAAACAAAGAGUGGCACUUGCUCGGGCAUUCCUGAAAUCCCCUGCGAUUUUGUUGUGCGAUGAGGCAACGAGUGCGCUGGACAGCACAACAGAGGCAGAGAUACUGAACGCACUCAAGGCACUGGCGAGUAACAGGACAUCCAUCUUCAUAGCCCACAGGCUGACCACUGCGAUGCAAUGUGAUGAGAUAGUAGUACUGGAAAACGGUAAAGUGGUGGAACAAGGCCCCCACGACGUGCUGUUAGGGAAGGCAGGGAGAUACGCGCAGCUAUGGACGCAACAAAACAGCACUGUGGAUAUGAUUGAUGCGGCUAUCAAACUGGAGGAGUGAAUCCAAAGAGGCCAGAGGAAAAAGUGUAAACUUGUUUAUUUACCUCACUGAUUCUUUUCCUUUUCAAGUGUAAUGGAGCACAUGUAGUGAAUAGGUUCCCCAAUGGACACGAAACAAAGGGAAUUAAUAAAUGGUGAAUGAUAUGUAUGUAACACAAGUUUUUGUGGACUUGAGAUUUUUGGUAAGAGUGGAAGGAAAUGUUCAGAUGAUAUGGGAAGCAAGUACUAACAAUGAAAUGAGCUUACUAUGGUA